AUGGCUGAUAGGGUGAACGUGAAUGAUGACGAUGAAGCACGCCGAAAUGAAAUAAGAACUAUGGUUGUGGAAGAGGUAAAGAAAGCAAUUGAGGCUAGUAUACCCCGAUUAGCUCAGGAAGUCGAGGGGCAAGUAUUGGAGAUAGUUAAUACCUCGGUAACAUCUAAGGUGGAAGAAUUGAAAGAAAUGAUUAGUGAAUUGCAAGUGAAGAAAAGCAAACGGAGAUGUACGUACAAAGAGUUCAUGGCAUGUAAUCCCUUACCAUACCAAGGGGAUGUUGAUCCGAUAGCUUGCCAAAGGUGGAUUUCAAGCACCGAAGCCGUGUUUACACGGAGUAGAUGCGAAGUGGAAGAUCAAGUAAUGUUUGCCUCCUACAAUCUCGAGCAAAAGAUUGGUGGGAUGCAUACUCGAAGGAAUUGGGGGAUGAUAAAGGUGAAGUUCUGUGAAGAGAUAGCUGGGACGGAGAGGCAAAGGAUUGUACGUUACCAUGCUAUGCUAAAGGCUGAAUAUCGAGAAUUUGUAAAUCCCUCCAAGUGUGCAACGCUGAACGAACUAAUUGAUUGGGCAAGAGACAGAGAAAUUGAGAUAAAAAGGCAGGUUGAACGGGGAGAGAAAAGGGUAGCGGAGAAGCCUACCAACGCAAGCCCAUCGAAAAAGGCAAGAUAUCAAGAUCAAAGCAAGAAAGGGAAAGCAAGUAGUGAAAUUCCGACUUGCAAGACGUGUGGGAAGCAUCAUUCGGGUGAAUGUUUGUCAGGAAAGAAGGGGUGCUACAAAUGUGGACGUGAGGGACAUCCGUUUUAUAGGUGCCCCGAAAACCCUAAGGCGUGUUAUAAUUGUAAUGAAACGGGGCACAUUAAAGCGGAAUGCCCGAAACUCCAACAAGGGACAAAGAGAGAUGGAAAGAAGGAUGAGCCUCCCAAGGCUCGCGGAAGGAUGUUUCAGUUAACCUCGGAUGAAGCUAAAGCUAGCCCGGACGUGGUUUCAGGUAUAUUUUUGGUGAAUUCCAUGCCUAUGAAUGUUUUAUUUGAUUCCGGGGCUAGUAGGUCGUUCAUUUCUAAUGAAUUGUUAGCUCACCCAUCGUUUAAGCUUGAAAAGAUGAUGGUACCCUUAGAAGUAGAAGUUUCUGAUAGUAAAAGCUAUUUGUUACAUGAUAUUUGUAGAAACUGUAAGAUCUUAAUCGAAGAUGAGGAAUUUAGUAUAGAUCUUGUCCCGAUGUACAUGGGGGAAUUUAAAGUAGUUGUAGGAAUGGAUUGGCUUGCCCAAAACCACGCUGAAAUUCAAUGUGAAAAGAAAGUUAUUCAUAUAUUAACCUCGGGGGGGAAACGGCUGUCAAACAUGUGA